AUGUGGAGGCUGACGAUGCGCCUCCAGACCAUCCUCGUACCCUUGUUCCUCGCUGCUAUUCUCUAUGUCCUACUAAUCUUCAUCAUUCUGCCCUUUGUCCGCCGCCAUCGAAGCCGUUAUAGCCAAUAUCUACCUAUGCCCGCCGGUGUGACCGACUUCCCUACAUCUUGGCGGACGAACCUCUCCGAUGCCCUCUACAACCUGUUUGCGCCUUCCGCUUGGGUCAGACAGAGGGCGGUUGUAGAUGGGAGCGGACAACAUGACGAUGAUUUGUUUGACGAUGAGGAGGGAGAGGGCAUGGUCGGCUUUGACCACAUCGACGAGAGGAGGAGAGAAGCACUGGAACAACGCAGGAGCAUAAUGGAGGAAGAGAGGCGCUUAGGGCGCGACCUGGAAGAAGGCUUCAAGGAUGAUAGUGAGGAUGAGCACGAAGACGAGAGGCGGCGGUCCCUAUCGCGACACCGAUGA